AUAAACUAAGUCAUUCCCACUAUUUCUCAUUCUCCCACCCGAGCUUGUCAACGAGUCAUCGACAAUGGCUUCUUCGCUCCCUUCUCCUUCCUUGCUCCUCUCCACCGCUCGCCGGAAACCAUCCUCCAUCGCCGCCUCCACCGCCGUCCCUCAGACCAAGGACACGAUGCGUAUCCCACCGGAAUUCGACUUCAAGGGCUACAUGCUCACCAAGGCGGCCACCGUCAAUCGCGCUCUCGACCUCGCCGUCCCACUCGCCGAUCCUCGCCGGAUUCACGAGGCCAUGCGCUACUCCCUUCUCGCCGGCGGGAAGCGCGUCCGCCCCAUUCUUUGCGUCGCCUCUUGCGAGCUCGUUGGCGGCUCUGAAGCUUUCGCGAUCCCCCCUGCCCUUGCUGUCGAGAUGAUCCACACGAUGUCGCUUAUCCACGACGAUCUCCCUUGCAUGGAUGAUGAUGAUCUCCGGCGAGGAAAACCAACUUGCCACCGUGUUUUCGGUGAGGCCAUCGCCGUCCUCGCUGGUGACGCGCUGCUUUCCCUUGCUUUUCAUAUCCUUUCCAACCCUAAUUCCUACCCCUCCAGUCCAUCUCCUCCCUCUUCCCUCAUCGUUCGGUCCAUCUCUGAGCUUGCUUUUUGCGUUGGAUCAGAGGGUUUGGUCGCCGGCCAGGUCGUUGACAUUGAAUCAACCGGAGUUUCAGAAUCCGUCCCCAUCGACCGACUCGAGUACAUUCACCUCCACAAGACGGCAGUUCUCCUGGAGGCUUCUGUCGUCCUCGGAGCCAUUAUCGGUGGUGGUUCUGAUUCUCAGGUUGAGAAGCUCCGGCGAUAUGCAAGGUGCAUUGGGCUCUUGUUUCAAGUUGUGGAUGAUAUCUUAGACGUCACCAAAUCUUCUCAAGAGCUUGGGAAAACUGCAGGGAAGGACUUGGUGAGUGAUAAGACUACCUAUCCAAAACUUAUUGGAUUAGAGAAAUCCCGGGAAUUCGCUGAGGAGUUGAAUCAUGAAGCAAAGCAGCAGCUUGAGGAGUUUGAUUCUGAAAAGGCUGCCCCUUUGGUGCAUUUGGCUAAUUACAUUGCAUACAGACAGAAGUAGGAUGCAUUUGAGAAGUAGAUGAUGAUGAUGAUGAUUUAUGGAAAGAAUAUACAAGGUGAAUAUCUUGCUCUUGUUUUUGUUUGAAUUAAUAUUGUUGUUGUUGUUGUCCUUGUUGUUGUUGUUGUUGUUGUUGUUGUUGUUGUUGUUGUUGUUGUUCUGGUCCUUGUUGUUGUUGUCCUUGAGACGUUUGACAUUUACAUGCUAAGCAUCUGUCAAUAAAUCUGUACACAAAAUUUGGAUUAAUGGACAUAUGCUUGUUGUUGUUC